GCGUCUGGCUUCCGCCGCGUCUUAGUGCGGCUUGGGGUUCGUCGCGAUGCGAGUGCGUUGGUGGGCCCGUCGCUGACGCGUUAUAACGAGCUAGUACGCGUCGCUCCACGCUUUGACUCAGAGACGCCGAUCCCGGGAGGAAGUCGGGCCGAGGAUGGGCGAAGAAACCGACGACGGUCCCGCCACCGCGGGGGACGUGUGCGCUGGCGACGCCGGGGUCCAGGGGAACGGCGACGCGGCGGACGGCGGGGUGACGUAUUACAGCCUGGAGGAGGUCCGAGCCCACAACAGCAGCAAGGACACCUGGCUGAUCAUCCACGACCGCGUCUACGACAUCACCAGCUUCCUGGAGGAGCAUCCAGGAGGUGAGGAGGUUUUGCUGGAGCAGGCAGGUACAGACUCCACCGAGAGCUUCGAGGACGUUGGCCACUCGACAGACGCUAGAGAAAUGCUGCAGCAGUACUUGAUUGGGGAGCUUCACAUGGAUGACCGAAAUAAGGAAAAUGGAAAGGAAGUAUACAUCACAACUUCAAGAGGGUCCAGCUCGUGGACCACGUGGUUGAUACCUGCCGUGGCCGCAGCUGUGGUCGGUAUCAUGUAUCGCUACUACAUGCUAGAGCACAAGUCGUCUUGAGUUCAUCAGCCUUCUCAUCUCAUUCUCUUUCCAUCUGGAGGCCUUGACACAUUUGACCAAAACCUUCUCACAGUGAACACACAGUUGAAGGAGUGUUUGACCCCCCCCCCCAAACCCCCUAAUUGAAAGGAAAGGAGAAGAUGUAGGAAAUGCCGUUAUUUGUUCUUGCUCAGUGAAGAGCUCAACAAAAUGCUCAAUCCUUCAGAGACUUCUCAAAAAUUAUCUGCCCUUGAUUUGCAUGUUUGUUUGUUUUUCUCAAAAUGCCUUCUCAUCUUUGUUAAAUGGCGUCUGACUGGCUCAUUGACCUGCAUUUGACAGAAUUUGGUCCUUCCAUGUUAAACGCUGGGCGGCACAGUGGCGCAGUGGUUAGCACAGUUGCCUCACAGCAAGAAGGUUCUGGGUUCGAGCCCCGGGGUAGUCCAACCUUUGGGGUCGUCCUGGGUCGUCCUCUGUGGGGAGUUUGCAUGUUCUCCCCAUGUCUGUGUGGGUUUCCUCCGGGUGCUCCGGUUUCCUCCCACAGUCCCAAGACAUGUAGGUCAGGUGAAUCACCGUACUAAAUUGUCCCUAGAUAUGAAUACGUGUGUGUGUGUGUGUGUGUGUGUGUGUGUAUGGGCCCUGUGUGAUGGACUGGUGGCCUGUCCAGUAUCCCCGCGACCCUGAGAGCACGAUAAGCGGUUUGGAUAAUGGAUGGAUGUUAAACCCAAGACACACACACACACACACACACACACACACACACACACACACACACACACACACACACACACACACACACACACCUAGGGACAAGUUAGUACGGCCAAGUCACCUGACCUACAUGUCUUUGGACUGUGGGAGGAAACCCGAGCCCCUGGAGGAAACCCAUGCAGACACGAGGACACCAUGCAAACUCCACACAGAGGACGACCCCCAAGGUUGGACUACCCCGGGGCUCGAACCCAGGACCUUCUUGCUGUGAGCCGACCACACUAACCACUGUGCCACCGUGCCGCCCCUGACUGAAAACAACGAUCAGUUUUAUAUGCAAAUUGCUGUGGCCAUUAACAAGAAAUUUGCAGCCCAGUACAGAUUGGCGGAAGGUGAACACAGAGAGAGAGAGAGACAGAGAGAGAUAUUCAGGGUGAUACUAGAAACCACGCUUUAUGCACAUGCUACUGUUGUAUAACUCUCAAUGCAUUUUUUGAGUGUAGAAAAUGCACCCCCCUUUUUUUCUUUAAUCCCCAAAAUACUGCUGCUUCAGUCUCCCUCCUCAGACCA